GCAGCUCCUUCCGCUGGUUGCUUCGUGUUUGAGCUGAUAUUUCAGUCACCAUGUGUUCAGUUCAGCAGCUGAGGGAUUUUAUCAGAGAGAGACUAACUGCUGCUGCGGAGGAAAUCUUCACUCAGGUCGAAAAAACCAUCAUUAGCUACGAGGAAGAGAUUAAAGUUCUGGAAACCUGCAGGAAUGAAGCUCAGAUAAAAACAACCGGAACCGAGCGCCCAAAUCAUCGUUUCCCUGGUGAGGAUGGGGUUCAGACUGACCAGAGCGCCGGUGAAGACCCGGCGGAACCAGAACCAGAAUAUUCCUGGUUGAAUCAGAACCAGCAGGAAGCAGAACCUCCACAGGAGGAGCCGCGAUGUGCAGAGGUUAAAGAGGAGCUGGACGAACCAGAACCUCCGACUGAACCGGACCGGGAGGCGGUUAAAGAGGAAGAAGCCGAGCUGCUGCAGAUUAAAGAGGAGGAAGAGGAAGAGGAGGCGUGCGGCGGCCAGCAGGUGGAGCAGUUCAUCCUGAAGCAGGAGCACUUCGAUUUCACCGAGCCUCUGAGUCAGGAAGCCGACGUCAGCGAGGGAGAACCCAACAUCCAGCGUCUGUACGCCGUCAGCUUCCCUUCGGCUGGGAACCAGAGCCAUGAAGAACGCAGCUUCCCCAACACCACGGCGUCCGCCGCCGAUAAAUCGGUCAAAUGCGACGUUUGUGGGAAAGUCUUUAAGAAGAAGCAUCACUUUAACCGCCAUCAGAGGAUCCACUCAGGCGUGCGGCCGUACGCCUGUACGAUCUGCGGGAAAGGCUUCACGCAGAGCGGCCACCUGAAGAACCACAUCCGGACCCACACCGGCGAGCGACCCUUCUCCUGCGACACCUGCGGGAAAAGUUUCUCUCAGGUGGUCAGCCUGAACGUCCACAUGCGGAUCCACACCGGCGAGAGGCCGUACGCCUGCGAAAUCUGCGGCAAAAGUUUUACGGUGGUGACCAACCUGAACUUCCACAAGGGAACCCACGCGGACGAGAGGCCGUUCCCCUGCGAGACGUGUGGGAAGGGCUUCGGGAACUACACGUCGCUCAAAGCCCACCGGAGGAUCCACACGCAGGGCCGGCUGCAUUUCUGCGAAACCUGCGGGAAAAAGCUUCACCAAAAACGCAGCGCUGAAGGUCCACAUGAGGACGCACACGGGCGAGAGGCCCUGUUUGACCACGUGGAGAUGAGGAGAGUACGUCCUGCAGGCGGCGGUAAACGGACCAAUCAGCUGCUUUCAGCGUCACCGAGCGGAAAUUUUCUAAACCAGCUUGUUUGGACCCAACAGAACUACUUUGUUCUGGACCAGGAGGAAGUCAGAUGUCCAAGUAUUACAGAGGAACUGGUGGAACCAGAACCUCCAGCUUUUAAGGGGGAACCAGUGGAACCAGAACCUGCAGCUUUUAAGGGGGAACCAGUGGAACCAGAACCUCCAGCUGUUAAAGAGGAACCAGUGGAACCAGAACCUCCAGCUUUUAAAGAGGAACCAGUGGAACCAAUGGAACCAGAACCUCCAGCUUUUAAAGAGGAACCAGUGGAACCAGAACCUCCAGCUGUUAAAGAGGAACCAGUGGAACCAGAACCUGCAGCUUUUAAAGAGGAACCAAUGGAACCAGAACCUCCAGCUGUUAAAGAGGAACCAGUGGAACCAGAACCUCCAGCUGUUAAAGAGGAACCAGUGGAACCAGAACCUGCAGCUUUUAAAGAGGAACCAAUGGAACCAGAACCUCCAGCUUUUAAAGAGGAACCAGUGGAACCAGAACCUCCAGCUGUUAAAGAGGAACCAGUGGAACCAGAACCUCCAGCUGUUAAAGAGGAACCAGUGGAACCAGAACCUCCAGCUUUUAAGGAGGAACCAGUGGAACCAGAACCUCCAGCUUUUAAGGAGGAACCAAUGGAACCAGAACCUCCAGCUGUUAAAGAGGAACCAGUGGAACCAGAACCUCCAGCUUUUAAGGAGGAACCAAUGGAACCAGAACCUCCAGCUGUUAAAGAGGAACCAGUGGAACCAGAACUUCCUGAUGCUGCAGAGGAACAAGAUGAACAAGAACUGGCAGAUCAGAGGGAACCAGAACAUUUACUGAUCAAAGAGGAACAAGAGGAACUGCAACUUUCACACAUUAAGGAGGAACCAGAACCUGCAGGAUUCGGAUCAAAUCGAGGGGAACCGGAACAUUUAGUGAUUAAAGAGGAAACGGGACAACCAGAACCUUCAGAUAUUAAGGAGGAACAGAGUGAACUGGAGCUUUCAUGUAACAAGAAGGAGGAUCCAGAACCUGCAGCAGAACCUGGAGCAGAACCAGCAGGACAUUCAGAACCGUCCCAGUUUGCAGUGGGCCAUGAUGAACCUCCUCUGCUGUCCUUCCUGAUCCACAGCAGUCAGCAGAUCCAGCAGCUGUUGGUGACCCACUCGGCCGAUGGGUUAUUGGACUCCUGGUCGGGUCAGAGGCGCAGCUCUAAGGAACCAGAACCAGGAGUGGAUCAACUAUACAGUCAAUCCGGUUCUGAAGCUCAGGGCUGGAGUGAGGCAGGAAGCAGCGGUCCUGUGUGUGACAGCCGGGUCCACUCCGACCCAGAACCACCGGUGAAAUGUGACGUCUGUGGGAAAGUGUUCAGGUACAAACACAGCCUGGUGGAACACCAGGUCGUCCACUCAGGCGUAAAGCCGUACGCCUGCGAGACGUGUGGGAAGAGGUUCACGGAGCCCAGCGGGCUGAAGGUCCACAUGAGGAUCCACACCGGGGAGAAACCCUUCAUCUGCGAAGUCUGUGGGAAGAGCUUCCGCUACAGCAGCCACUUCCAUGUCCACCGCCGGACCCACACAGGGGAAAACUCCGUCACCUGCAACACCUGCGGGAAGGUCUUCACUCGGAUCUGCAGCCUGAAGGUUCACAUGAGGUUUCACACGGGCGACUGGCCGUUUUCCUGCGACACGUGUGGGCGGGGCUUCAGUAACAGCUUCCAGCUGGACGUCCACAGGAGGACGCACGCCGGCGAGUGGCCCUUCUUCUGUGAGACGUGUGGGAAAGGAUUCUGCAGGCUGUCCACUCUGAAGGUUCACAGGCAGACGCACACAGCCGAGAGGCCCUACAAAUGUGAAGCCUGUGGGAAAAGUUUCCGUGAUCCUUCAUAUUUAAACGUUCACAAGAGAACCCACACAGGGGAGAAGUACUUCUGCUCCACGUGUGGGAAGAGCUUCACCCAGCUGAGCAGUUUGAACGUCCACAUCAGGAUGCACACAGGAGAGCGGCCGUAUCUGUGUGUGACGUGUGGGAAAACGUUCAUCAACAGCAGCCAGCUGCGCAUGCACAGCAGGAUUCACACAGGUGAAAAACCGUUUUCCUGCGACGACUGCGGUCAGCGCUUCUCCAGGAACAACAGCCUGGUGGUUCACAUGAGGAUUCACACCGGGGAGAAGCCCUACCAGUGCAGGACAUGCGGGAAAAGCUUCACCCAGCACGGCAUUCUGCAGAUCCAUAUCAGAACACACACCGGGGAAAAACCCUUUUCCUGUUCCGUAUGUGAAAAAAGAUUCAGUCAGAGCAGCGGUCUGACCUCACACAUGCAGGUUCACACCCACAGCAGGGGUCCUCCUCUCUGAGCCUGCACAACGUAGAUCUACAGGUUAAAGACUUUCAGUCAACAUAGAUCUGGAGGGAAAAUCUGGGUUUCAUCAGAUCACUUCCUCAAACUUCUGGUUAAAUUACAGGUUGUGUGAGACAGUUUGAAGUUUGGUUUUAGUUGGAGAUAUUUUUAUUUCUGCUUUCAGUUUCAUUAAUAUAAUCUACAAACAUAACAACAAAGAGUAAAACAUGACAGAGAGAUAAACAAGUUUAAUUCAAACGAACCAGCGGAGGAAACAUCUGCAGUGUCACAUUUUCUGUCUUCUUUAUUGAACGUUAAUGUUUCUCUGAACGCUUUUCUAUUUGUAGUUUCAUCUUUGUGACUCCAAGCUGCCUGGUUUAUCAAAGGAAGUUUAAAUAAAUGACUUGUUACACUAAACUUAAUUUUUACAUCAUAAAUUCUGACUAUAAACUGAAAUGCUAGUUUUGUCUUCAUGCUAACAGCGCGGCGUCUCCAAGGUGAAGAUGUUCAGUCACCAAAUGAACAUCCAUCAUGUGUUGAUAUCAACAUGGAGACGUUUCAAUGAAGUCCAGAUUGAAGAUAUUAAAAACUCACAGGCUUUUAUUUAAUAUGAAAUAUAAUUAUACCCAAAACAUUUGGGUUCAUUUUCUAUUGAACUGUUAAAUAUUUUACUGACUAAAAGAUGAAGAAUUUCAUUUAGGGAAUAAUUAAGAUGUUCUCAUGAAGACGUGUUUAUUUGUGUCCUUCCUCCUGUAUAACUAGAACUUUUUGAAUGAAAGAGUCUUUACUUUGACUAGACCAUUGUAAUCCUAUCUGUAAAUAAAAACAGUUUUUUAUA